CACCCACUGAACCGGGAAAGUCGCUUCAAACCCUACAGCGUUCUUCAGUCUCAAGUCCAAUAACCACCCACCGGAAAGCAACGCUCAGCUCCAGAAAAGAUUGAUUGAGUGACCGAGAGAGAAGUUUAAUGAACAACACAAGGAUAUUUACACUUCACAUUUUGGCAACUUUUGGAUAUAUUUAGAUAUUUAUUUAUCAGUCAAGAAGCCUAUUUUGAUUUCUAUUUUCUUUAUGAGACCGUUUAAGUGUUUGAACACGUUUGGACGCGUCAAGUUCGGGACAAGCUCUUGGAAAAUACGCACACUGCAUGUUGACGCGUUGGUUGAACAGGUGGCUUGGGUUCCGGUUAAAUUGGCCUAUAUACAAUCAACGGGGACAACGGACAGGACGGGCAGACGGGACUUUGUCGGACUUCAGAUGCUCCUCACAUACCGGACCUGCCAGGUUUAGAGCGCAGGGGACAACGAGGACGGACAGUUGGAAACUUCUCUAAAGGGUGAAAAUAAACCGUGCUUUUGUAGUUGGACAGUUAGGAGUUUUUAUGACAACCGCUGGCGUUGACAUGGUUGUCGAUAGUCCCCGGUUACACGGGGGUAAAGCCCCGGCCUCCACACCGGAGAACGUUGUCCCCGGGAGUAAAGCCCCGGCCUCUACACCGGAGAACGUUGUCCCCGGGAGUAAAGCCCCGGCCUCUACCCCUGAGAACGUUAUCCCGGCUUCUCUAGGCAGUCCUGCUGCGGAUAUCCUCCGUAAUUUUUACCACACUAAGCGGGUCGGAAACUACUUGAUCGGGAGGAAACUUGGAGAGGGCUCCUUCGCUAAAGUCCGAGAGGGACUUCACGCCAUGACUGGAGAGAAGGUCGCGGUAAAGGUGAUCGAUAAGAGGAAGGCGAAGAAGGACUCUUACGUGACUAAGAACCUCCGUAGAGAAGGUCAAAUCCAACAGAUGAUCAGACAUCCCAACAUCACCCAGCUGCUGGACAUACUGGAGACUGAGAACAGUUAUUACCUGGUGAUGGAGUUGUGUCCUGGAGGAAACCUCAUGAACCGGAUCUACGAUAAGAAGAAGCUGGACGAGAGAGAGACUCAGAAAUACGUACGGCAGCUGGUGAUGGCUGUGGAACAUCUGCACAGAGCUGGAGUGGUGCACAGGGACCUGAAAAUUGAAAACCUGCUGUUGGAUGAACAGGAACACAUCAAGCUCAUAGAUUUUGGUCUCAGUAACUGUGCAGGGAUCCUGGGUUACUCCGACCCGUUCAGUACGCAGUGUGGGAGUCCAGCCUACGCUGCUCCAGAACUACUGUCCCGCAAGAAGUACGGCCCCAAGGUGGACGUCUGGUCCAUAGGAGUGAACAUGUACGCCAUGCUGACUGGCAGCCUUCCCUUCACCGUGGAGCCCUUUAGUCUCAGGGCGUUGCACCAGAAGAUGGUGGACAAGGAUAUGAACCCUCUACCGCCCUCUCUCUCUACAGCGGCCAUCUGUCUAAUGAAGAAGCUGUUAGAACCAGAUCCAGCUAAGAGACCCAACAUCCACCAGGUCAUGUCUGACUCCUGGCUACAGCUGGCUAACGCUAACACUGGAGCACCCUACCUCAACAGGAUCCACAUUGAGGAGAUCAACCACAUGGUAUUACUGCAUAUGACAGAGAGGAUGGGCUACAAACACAGCGAGGUGCUGAGUGCCGUGCUCACCAACAGAGCCUGUCACACCCUGGCUGUCUACUUCCUGCUCAACAACAAGAUGAAGAGGCUCUCCAAAGAAUACAGGGAGAAGGUGUACCAGGAGAAGGAGAAGAAGACAGAGAAGAAUGAGUACUUCCAGACCCAGUGGAGGAAACACGUAGAGAAGGUCACCAUCCCUCCUAAACAGACUCCUGUCUACCUGGCCGUCAGCAAGGGCCCGAGCAAGGAGAAGAAGCACAGGAAUGGUCUGCUGCGAGCAGUAACGGGUAACUUCCACCGUGCCUCUCCUCUCGCCCCGUCCGGCACCGUUGCCUCAUCCUCCAUGGAAUACCUAGAGAUCCACCCCCUCUUCCCCCGCACGUCACAGCCAACCAGGCACCUAGAAACCCUCCAGGCAGCCAAUACCAGCCCUGACCACAUCCCCGCCCCCCCGGCUCCUUCUCCAAUCGGCAUGCACUCCUACGACUCCCUCGCCAAAGCUGAGACAAUCGACGACGUCGUGGUCCCCGCCUCGGCCACACCCUGGUACAAACUGACCAAUGGGACCUUCUCUCCUCCGCGACACGUCUCAGCCUUCCACCCUGAUUCGUCCUACCUAAAAAAGGCGACUAUCCCCAGCCCCCCCGUCCUCAUCGUCAACCCCCAGCCAAAAACUCCUCCUCUAACUCGGGUGACAACCCCCCUAGUAUCUUCGGCAGCCCCCCGGGAGGUUCUGCCUUCUCCCCGCCCAAAUCAGCCUUCAGUCCCCUCAACCCGUCAUCUGCGUUCAGUCCUCCGUCCGCCGGGGGCAGCGUUGAGCCAGACAGCCCCCAGCACAGUAAGUUCCCCUCUAUGGGCAUCGGUCAGAUCCUGAAGAAGAAGGUUCCCUUCCAGCCGUUCAGUUUUAGGGCGGAGCAAGCGGUGGAGGAGGAUCUGGUGUCUCCGCCCCCUUACCACAUGCAGACGCUGCUCUGCGCCUCCGGGGCGCUCAAGACCCUCUGCUGAAGCAUUGUGGGUAGCGGUACAAAGAUGAUGACGUGGCUCUGGUCCAAAGUAGUGCACUAUGAAACGAGGGGAUAGGGUGGGGUCGUUUUUGAGACAGUUCACUCCUGAGCAGCCUUGGAUUUCGUCCUCUGCAGAGGCAGUCGCCAUGACAACACUAUGACUCUAGAGACCCUCUUGGUGUAAUAAUAGUAAUUAAUGAAUUAAACAUUAAAGACAUAGAGAAAGACUAAGGUGGAUAAAAUGCCACUUUGUCAACGAGUGUUUCGGCUGACUAAGGGCCUUGUUGUGACAUCGGUGACUGGAACACGUGACCGACCCCACAGUGUUACCUGUCAUUGUUGUAUAUUGUGCUGUGAGAGAGAGCUGAGUGACACACACACACACACAGAGAGAGCUGAGUGACACACACACAGAGAGAGAGCUGAGUGACACACAGAGAGAGCUGAGUGACA